CCGCCCGCCUGCCUGCCCGCCUGCCUGCCUGCCUGCCUGCCUGCCCCGGGAGAAGGUUUCACCUGAAAGGAAAGAAUUCGGCCGAGAAACAGUUAAGGCGAAGUUUAUUUAACAAAGCAAAGCUACAUACUCCAAAGAUUGGAGUGGGCUUUCUCGGAAGCUGCAUCAUCCAAGGAUUACUUUGUUCUUUCUCCAUAGUGCUUGAUGGGCGGCAUUAUGGCCCCCAAAGACAUAAUGACAAAUACUCAUGCCAAGUCCAUCCUCAACUCCAUGAACUCCCUCAGGAAGAGCAACACCCUCUGUGAUGUGACCUUGAGAGUAGAGCAGAAAGACUUCCCUGCCCACCGGAUUGUGCUGGCUGCCUGCAGUGAUUAUUUCUGUGCCAUGUUCACUAGUGAGCUUUCAGAGAAGGGGAAGCCAUAUGUUGACAUUCAAGGUUUAACUGCUUCUACCAUGGAAAUCCUGUUGGACUUUGUGUACACAGAAACAGUACACGUGACAGUGGAGAAUGUUCAAGAACUGCUCCCAGCAGCCUGUCUACUUCAGCUGAAAGGUGUGAAACAAGCCUGCUGUGAGUUCUUAGAAAGUCAGCUGGACCCUUCUAAUUGCCUGGGUAUCAGAGAUUUUGCUGAAACUCACAAUUGCGUUGACCUGAUGCAAGCAGCUGAGGUUUUUAGCCAGAAGCAUUUUCCUGAAGUGGUACAACAUGAAGAGUUCAUUCUUCUGAGUCAAGGAGAGGUGGAAAAGCUAAUCAAGUGCGAUGAAAUUCAGGUGGAUUCUGAAGAGCCAGUCUUUGAGGCUGUUAUCAACUGGGUGAAACAUUCCAAGAAGGAGCGAGAAGAAUCCUUGCCUGACCUCUUACAGUAUGUUCGGAUGCCCCUGCUGACCCCCAGGUACAUUACAGAUGUGAUAGAUGCUGAGCCUUUCAUCCGCUGUAGUUUACAGUGCAGAGAUCUAGUUGAUGAAGCAAAGAAAUUUCACCUGAGGCCUGAACUUCGAAGUCAAAUGCAAGGACCUAGGACAAGAGCCCGUCUAGGAGCCAAUGAAGUGCUUCUGGUGGUUGGGGGCUUCGGAAGCCAGCAGUCUCCUAUUGAUGUGGUGGAGAAAUAUGACCCCAAAACACAGGAGUGGAGCUUUUUGCCAAGUAUCACUCGGAAAAGACGAUAUGUGGCUUCAGUUUCCUUACAUGAUCGGAUCUAUGUAAUUGGUGGGUAUGAUGGCCGUUCCCGCCUCAGUUCAGUGGAAUGUCUAGAUUACACAGCAGAUGAAGAUGGAGUCUGGUAUUCUGUGGCCCCUAUGAAUGUGCGACGAGGCCUUGCUGGAGCUACCACACUGGGAGAUAUGAUUUACGUCUCUGGAGGCUUUGAUGGCAGCAGGCGUCAUACAAGUAUGGAGCGGUAUGACCCAAACAUUGAUCAGUGGAGCAUGCUGGGAGAUAUGCAGACAGCUCGAGAGGGUGCAGGACUAGUAGUGGCCAGCGGAAUAAUCUACUGUCUAGGAGGAUAUGAUGGCUUGAAUAUAUUAAAUUCAGUUGAGAAAUAUGAUCCCCAUACAGGACACUGGACUAACGUUACACCCAUGGCCACCAAACGUUCUGGUGCUGGAGUAGCCCUACUGAAUGACCAUAUUUAUGUGGUGGGGGGAUUUGAUGGCACAGCCCACCUUUCUUCUGUUGAAGCUUACAACAUUCGCACUGAUUCCUGGACAACUGUCACGAGUAUGACCACUCCACGAUGCUACGUAGGGGCCACAGUGCUUCGGGGGAGACUCUAUGCAAUUGCAGGAUAUGAUGGGAAUUCUCUGCUGAGUAGCAUUGAAUGCUAUGACCCUAUCAUCGACAGCUGGGAAGUAGUGGCCUCCAUGGGAACCCAGCGUUGUGAUGCUGGUGUAUGUGUUCUCCGAGAAAAGUAACUGUUAUUUGAGCACCAGCUGGAGCUAAUGACUACUCUAAGGCAGAGUUUGUGGGAGAAUCAAGGAUCCUUUCCAGAAUGUCUAUUUCUCACUGUGUGCACAGGGUGAUUACAGGCACCAGUGCUGUGAUGAUUGUACUUAUUUGAUACACACGCUCCUUCAUACUGGUAA